GUGUUUAAAUUCACAAGUGUGACCGGUAUUCUUUUCACCGCGGAAGAUUUUCCGUCAUUUGUGAGAGUAGUUCGGUGACAACCAGUUCGCGUCAAAAUGGCUGACAGCGUAAGGCAUGUAGAUGAGGAAGUCGUAAGAAGGAUACAUAGUUCAAAUCAUUCUGGACAUUUACACAAAGGUCAUGGUAUUGUGGCAGCGACAUCAUCCAUACCCACCAAAUUUCAGACAAUUGUCACAGACAAUGGGGACAAAAAGGGAUUUCUUUCACAAUCCAAAAGAUUUGGAAGCUUCAGUGAUCAGAACGAAAAUCCUGGACCCGGUAAAUACACUUCACAUAAAUCCAUGAACAACAACAGCACAUCAUUUUCUAAGAGAGGAACUGGAGGGUUUGCCUCAAAGAGCAAACGAAAGUUUAAGUAUGACAUUCCAAGUGGUCCAGGCCCCGGCAUAUACAGUCUUCCUGGUUUAUUAUCGACACGCAAGGACUUCAAUGCAGCAAACAACUCUAGGACUUUCCAACAACCCAUAGCAGAGAAAGUUGUGAAAGAAGACUGGAGGCCAUCUCCAAACCAGUAUGAUAUUGCCAAGGUAAAAUAUGGGAAAGCAAAUAAUGUAUCAGCCAAUGCAGCAUUCAAGUCUAAGUCUCUGAGGGAAGUUAUCAACACCAAAGAAUCUCAGCAUGUGCCUGCUCCAGGCCACUACAAUGUGAGAGAUGACAUUUGCCAUGACAGCGUGAAAAUCCCAGUCUCAAGUUUUAAGUCUACAUCAGUGAGAAGGAUGGCCCCUGACCCCCCACCAUUUCCUGGACCGGGUACAUAUAAACCAUGGGAAGAAAUAGAUGAUGAUGUCAUCAGGCAAUUAUUACCACGGAAGCACUAUUUGUGUAUAUCUGCCCCUGCCAUGCCCCUCCCUGGGGCUGCACCAUCCCCAGGCCCUGGAGCUUACAAUCUCAAGUCCAAUUUCACCACUAAUAAACAUUAUAUGUCUGGUGCCAACUUUGUCUCCACAAGUAGUCGAUGGACAGGGGCAGCAACCAAAGUGGACUUACCUGGACCAGCUCAUUACAAGCCAGUACAUACAGGCAAACAGUCCUUUAUAUACAAUGUCCAGGGGAGAUGGAUUUGAAAAGGAAAGUUUUUUAAAUGUUGAGAAUAUACGUGCACACAUUUGAAUAAAUGUAUGUGCCAGCUGUUGUGUAUAUUGUUAUAAUUUUUAUAUGUAUUUAUAUGACAUAUAUGUACUGCUGGUAACAGUAUUUACACAAAUGUUAAGA